UCUAAGGACCCUAGUCAGUCAACGCAUUGGACCUGUUUUCACGCCCCUGACGAGGGCUCUCAUCGGUCCGCGGUUAGGGCCUGUUGUAGGACCACCUGUGGGGGCUAUGGUCGGCACGCGGGUAGGACCAGUUGUGCGCCCACUGGUGGGAGCUGCAUUCAGCCCACGUUUACGGCCUCUAGUAGGACUACCUUUGGGGCCUGCUGUGCUCCCACCUUUUGGGGCUAUAUCUGUCCCCCGACUACGACCUGUUGUGGGCCCAGCGAUGGGAGCCAUCAUUAGCCCGCGGUUUGGACCGGCUGUAGGACAACCUCUGGGGGCUGUGGUGCGACCACGCUUACAGCCUCUUCUACGACCACCUGUGGGCCGUGUUUUCGGACCACCGAUGGGGGCUAUUAUCGGUCCGCGAAUAGGACCUGUUGCGGGCCCAUUAUUGACACCUAUCUCCCCACGGUUAGGCCCUCUUGUAGGACCAUUUGCCAGUCCUAUGGUCGGACCACGGUUACGUCCUCUUGUAGGACUACCUGUAGGGCCAGUUGUGGGCCAACCAAUGGGAGCCAUUAUCAGGCCACGGUUUGCACCUAGCAUUCGACCAUCGCUGAGAACUAUAGUUAGACCACGGUUACGACCUUAUGUGCGAGCACCGGUGGGGCCUCUUAUCCCACCAGUGAGAGCAAUCGCUGGUCCUCGAAUAGGACCUGUUGUGGGCCUACCAAUGGGACCCCUGAUCAGCCCACGGUUAGGGCCUGUUGUAGGGUCACCUGUGGGCCCUAUGGUUGGGCCACGUUUACACACUUUUGCUGGACCACCGGUGGGUCCUGUUGUGGGCCUACCAAAUGGAGCCAUCAUUAACCCUCGUUUUGGACCAGCUAUUGGGCCUUCUCUAAAGCCUGUCAUAAGGCCUGUCCUUCGGCCCCAGUUACGACCUCUUGUACCGGCUAUGGGACAUCUUAGUACACCAGUGGGCGCCAUCAUCGGUCCUCGAAUAAGACCUGUUGUGGGCCCAGCAAUGACAGCCAUGAUCAGCCCACGGUUUAGGCCUAUCCUAGGGCCUCCUCUAAGGCCCAUGAUAGGCCCACAGUUACGCCCUCUUGUAGGACCCAUUGGGCGCCUACCACAGGGAGCUAUGAUCAGCCCACAGUUCGGGCCUGGAAUAGGGCUUCCUCCAAGGCCUAUCCUAGGUCCACGGUUACAGCCUCCUGUAGGAGCACUUGUGGGGCCCAUCAGGGGCCCACAAAUGGGAGCCAUUAUACGCCCACGUCACGGGCCUAUUAUAGGGCCUCCUCUAAGGCCUAUUAUAGGGCCGAGGUUACGCCCUCUUGUAGGACCACUUGUGGGACCCGUCAGGGGCCCACCAAUGGGAGCUAUGAUCAGCCCACGGUUGGGGCCUGGCAUAAGGCUUCCUCUAAGGCCUAUGAUAGGUCCACGGUUACGUCCACUUGUAAGACCACUUGGGGGCCCACCAAUAGGAGCCAUUAUGAGCCCACGGUUCGGGCCUGCCGUAGGGCCUUCUAUAAGACCUAUGGUAGUUCCACAGUUACGCCCUGUUUUAAGGCACAUUGGGGGCCCACCAAUGGGAGCUAUAAUCAGGUCCCAGUUUGUGCCUUCUGUACGGCCUCCUCUAAGGCCUAUGGUACGUCCACGGUUACACCCUCUUGUAGGACCACUUGUGGGGCCCGUCAGUGGCCUACCAAUGCGAGCGAUUAUCGGCCCACGUUUUGGGCCUACCAUAGGGACCCCAGUAAGGCCUAUGGUAGGUCCCCCAUUACGCCCUUUUGUAAGACCACUUGUGAGCCCACCAAUGACAGCCAUUACCAGCCCACGGAUCGAGCCUGUUGUGGGGCCUCUAAGGCCUGUGGUAGGUCCACGGUUACGCCCUCUUGCAGGACCCCUUGUUGGGCCUGUUGUUCACCCACCGGUAGGCACUAUUCAUGGCCCACCAAUACGGCCUCUUCUGCGAUCACCAGUGGGGCCUCUUGUCAGCGCUCCAAUACGCCCUCGCAUUGGGCCUCCUCUGGGACCUGUUUUCCACCAACCAAUCGGGCCUAUUAUCAGACCACGGUUACGCUCUUUUAUAGGACCACCUGUAGAGCCUGUUGUCUACCCACAGGUGGUGGCUGUGGCCGGCCCUAGAUUACGCCCUAUUAUAGGACCCCAUGUAGGGCCUGUUGUACGCCCAUCUGUAGGUGCUAUUAUUGGGCCGCGGUUGCGUCCAUUUGUAAAACCAGCGGGGCCUAUUCGCGCACCAAUAGUACCUCCAAUCGGACUUGUACGCUCACCAGUGGGAGUUGCUGUCGGUCCACGCUUACACCCUGUUGUUGGCCCACGGGUAAGUCGUAUUUUCAGACCACCGGUUGGAGCUUUAGUCGGCCCAAGUGUACGUGCUGUUGUAGGCCCACGGAUAGGUCCUGUUGGCCCACCUAUAAGGACCGUAGUCGGCCCACCGGUAGGGGCUGCACUUGGUACACGGAUAGGUCCUAUAGUUGGCCCACCAGUAAGGGCUGUAACUGGCCCGCGGCUACGUCCUAUUGUCGGUCCACCAGCAGGGGCUUUAACUGGGCCACGUUUAGGUCCGAUUGUUGGCCCACGUGUUAACUAUAUGGUUGGCCCACGGAUUGGCCAUCUUGGCGGUUGACGUCUAGGGCCUGCUCUAAACCCACCAGUGGGCGCUGUAGUCUGCCCCCGGGUAGGUCAUAUUCAUAGCCGACCAGUAGACAUAGGACCACAAUUAAUUUCUAUAGGCGGCCCAUCGGUUGCACCUGUACUAAGCGCACCGAUAGGGCCUAUUGUAGGUAGACUGGUGACACCCGGACGACGCAUCCUCGACUCGCUCGUUGUGCCUUGGUCUGGAUAAAGGCAUAGUACUCUUAAUUUAUACAGACUGUCCCAGUGUCUUUAUUAAUGGGUCGUACAAAGCCGCAAACGAAGAUCCUCCUGCACCGCCCACCCUAUUUAUACAGACUGAGCAGUGUAUUGCAAGUUGCGUACUUCAGUAGGGGUGUUCAAUAAGUUGCAGCUGUCAUACUGAAAUACAAACUUUAUGAUCGCCAACAAUUCUUCAUUUUCUAACUGAAUGCCUAAGAAUGAGAGUGCAGUGCAGCCAUUACUUUCCAUAUAGGUGGCUACUUGGCGCUCAUACUGCAAUAUCGCGGCAAUAUUUCCAUGUUGGAAGGUUCUUCCUCAUAUGUACUAAUUAAUAGAAGUCGCUUCGGCAACUGUAUAAUGAGCUGCGUCGCUCGUGACUUUGAACACGUGUUCCUGUACAGGUUCUCAUGGAACGUGAGACGUGUAGGUGAGGCACAAUCAUGUGGGAGCUAACAUUUUGUUAAAUUUAUAUCAGCCGUUUUGCUUAGGAAUUUCAAAUAAUUCAAACAGCAAUAUGACCUAAACAAACAACUGCAAUCGACGUUAACGGCUGUAAUCACUUAUACCCCUUCAAAAUAUUUCAUGACGUUUUCUUCACAUAGCUCUCAAUUUCAGAUGUAGAGAAUAAUUUUUGUGUCCAGACAACGCCCACACUCCCUGUGAAAGCCGCGGUAGUAUACAUCCUGGUUUCAUUCUCACUCAUUAGCUACUCGUAAAAGCUGCUCUAGUCAGCGUGCAUACCCGUAACCUUGAAUUCAGCAGUGCAGCGCCAUAACCGCUCAACUAGUGUAGCAGGUGAGAGUGAAGCAUUGUGUAUGAAAAUUCACCGGUUUAAGGCCCACUGCUUCUUUACACGUAAUAUUCUUAACACAAGGCAAUAACGUUCGCAACGCUGCGCGGUUUCUUCGGCAGCGUUACUUGCAUGAUAAUAUAAUGAAUUUUCUAUGAUGUGCAGGAUCUCUUUCCUAAUCUGGCAUGGCAGCGUUAACGUAUUCGCAUAGACGGACAAUGUCUUAAACUUGAAAAGUGAACGUUUCAGCCUCGUUCAUGGCGCGUGUGCACAAACGCUGCUCGGUUCUGAAAUUGCAAGCAGUUGUGAUUAAAAGCUUUCAUGAGUGAGCCUUUAAAAUUUGAUCAUGUUCACGAGUUCACCUCAUAAUUAUGCAUCAAAGAUUGGCCACAUUCACGAGAUAGUAUACCUGAUCAAGUAUUCCAAUUAUUGUGUGCGCCCACCAGCUUCUAGAACACAAAUAAUCUUCGACGUCGUUGCUGUUCAUGUGCGUGAAGAUUACAGUAUGCCUCAAGCAAAGAGCGCCAGCGCAGUGGAUGGGUUGCGACGCGAAUUUAUGCUUGCCGGUGUUGGGCGUGCUCGAAGAUAGCGUCCGAGAGUGGAGUUUCAAAAGGAUAGUGAAAGAGACACCCGCAUAUCUAAAUAUGAACGAUAUUAAUACAUGCAAAAGGAUGACGGCUAGAGCCAGUCUCUACGCACAAACGCGGUGUCCAAGCUUGAGCGUUUGUCGUGAAGCAAGGCAAUUUUAUUGUUCCUAUAGAAAUGGCACGUGCCCACGUGGGGGAACUGGCCAAAGUUCACCGUAAAAAUCGAAGAACCCCACCUAUUUUGGAAGCAAUUAUGCAAACAUGUAUAAUAGAAAGCAACUGAAAAUGGCAAGGCCGAUUUCUUAAGGCGUGCAAAUGAAAAACAAAUACGAAUAAAAUUUUUACUGAGACAAAGAAACGGCUCUGGACCACUGUGGGGAUCAUGUCGGAACGCGUCUGCGUUAAGGGUUUAUUGAGUGAGGUGCAUCUUCAUCCCCGUUUCUUCUUAUGUGGAUCCUUGUACUUCUUUUAGGCGCAUGUUGAGUUAAGUUGAUCUCACAUAGGCCGAUCAACUUUUCCUACACCACUCGAUCGUGGCCUAAAGAUUAGAGCAUGAAGAUACUGUGGCGCAAUAACUAAAACUAAAAGUGCUUCAUUAUUUUGAAGAAACGAUCAUUUGUUGCAUAAGCCUCCGCGCGACCACUAUGUAGUCGUGCAGAAACUCACAGACUUACUUGCGGGCAUUACCCAGGCUGCCACACCAAAGGAUAACAAUAAGAUAUCGGCAGUGCAGCGCUUAACACCGAUUCGCGAAAAGGCUAAUCCUAUAGUACUUCAUUCUUUCAAAAGCACACCACAAUCAAAAGAGAAAAAAACUUCAAGGAUUCAACCUCCUUGUUUUGGCAAUGCUGCUGCCUAUCUCGGAGCUCACGUCGUCUUCAAUACUAAAAAGCACUGCACUAUGGCCUAGCUCUUUAUGUUACUUGAAAUCGGCAAUCGGCUAUUACGUCGUUUUUCAUUAAUUUCCAGCCCUGCCAAAAGAAAGCUAGCUAUCCUCUCAUACUCGCAAACCGGGUUUCUUAUGCCACGUGUCUUCGAUACGAACGGCUUCUACGAAAUGCAACGUGCUGCAAUUGCGAAAUGUUUCACGUGUUUCAACUUAAAAUGUCCUCCUUCCGCAGUGGCCGCCCUGGCUCCAUUAGCCUGGUACUCAUAACGUGUCACCAUGCCACCACGUACUACGAGGGCGAAUCAGGAAGUUUCUUCCCCUCUUUUUUAUUAGCCAAAAUAAGGUACACACGGGUAAUUGCAAAAUACGUACUAUUCUACGUACCUCACACUAUUUUGCCACUAGUUCCCACACCGGUUCAGACAAUUGUCCAUCGCAGCACUAAAUUUGAGAUGCCCAUAUGGCAGCAUUCGCCCGGCUGACUGUCAUGCAUGUCCGGUUGUCAUGCAAGUACUCACGGUCUUUUGCGGGCUCACAACACCACCACCUCACACUUCUCAAAGCGAGACCCCUUUCCCCAUACGUGGGCUGCAUUUCCCUGUAGAUUUCUAUGGGUGUUCGUGCCUUGCUCCAAAGAAAACGAAUCACGCUUCGUUGCUCGUACGCCGUGGACGUAUGAAGCACAGCGGCCGUCUUCAACAACUGACAGCAACACCGUGUCACGGAGCUACCGGCAGAGAAGGCCGGGCCGGCCCAAGAAAGGUCCACCGCUGGGAAUGGAUAUGGUGACUUCGCAUUUGCAGCCGUAAUUUGUAUAAAAAAAGGGGGGCGAACAUUUUCUGAUUCACCCUCCUAUUAGGCGAAAAUGAAAUGUGAACAAGAACGAACAAAAGACACCUAUUACGCUUGAUUAAAUAAAAGUGAAGCCUGUUGUGGUAGUGAAGUUGGGCCCCAAAUCACGCUUUAGCCCCAAGGCUACCUCCCUAUUCUAGAAAGUUCUGCCACUCAGCUUCCAUUUCGACUCGAGUAAAUGGAUAGCAAUGCCGGCCCUCGUCUGGCGGACGGUUUCUGCAGUCACAUGGCAAGCAGUUCACAAUUUGUGAAAUAAGCCGAUGCACUACCUGCUAGUGCUUCUACCUCCUUUAUAAAACAUUCCAUUAGGGCAUUAUCCUUGACUUUGUCGGUUAGUUCAGCCGCUGCACGCUAGCCACCAGGAGACGUAUACUAAGCAAGGAGGUCCAAAAUAUCCGCAAAAUAUCUGCCUUACGAUUGCGCGAUCGCUAUUCGACGCUAUAAUGCCUUCAGACUGUUGCCUAUAUGUGAGCUUAUAACUUAUUAACACCCCUGGCAGCUUCAGAAGCAUGUUUUUCCCCUUCGUAUGGGGCUUUGCACGACCACUGCUCACCUUUUCCUGCCUCCUAAUGUGCGCCCAAGUGUGCCUUUUCUAUAAAAGCAAGCAUUGGCAGGUUUGCGCGAAUUGACCUCAAUAAAACAACGCAAAAUCCGUAAAAAGGAAGUAUUGAUGAUUCAUUACAGUUAUGUACGAGUGACCAAGUAUUACGGGAACAGUGUAUGCUGCACAAAGCCAUUCCUAACGAAAAUACAGGAGCGAUGUUGUCAAAGGCACCUCAAAAGUCCCUUCCAAAUGCCUUGGCAUAGCUAAGCAAUGUAGAAGUUGAACAAACUGAAACAUUUCUAGUAUCCACAGACGUCUAAGUCGCCAGAAAGCGACGGCAGCUUUAGUCAACGCCACAAUUUAAAGUAAAAACAACAUAAGCAGACGCCGUAAAGGAAAACAUGGUGUCAUAUUUUUCGCUGGUACUGAUCACUAAUCAAUUUCUCCAGUAUUAGUCAUUAUUUCUCUUGCUCAUCUUAGCGUACGUUCUCUGUGUAAGCAUUCUUUUUGCAAAAUGUUCGCCAAUGAGAGCUUGUAUUUAUUUAAUAAAAGCCACCUUCUGUAGUGGCGGGCCUCAA